CGUUUUAGAGUAUGUGCUAAUGGUCAUGUGUCAUGUGUAAAUAACGUGUCGUUUUUUAUGAAACCAUUGCGAGUUACCAAUUCUGGAUUUGCACAGUUUGCAAGCGGGCAAGGUACUAAAUGAAUGAUGAGCAUGGAGCGCGAUUGAAAAAUUGGUCGGUUGUACACGAAGGUUGCUACAUAAUACACACACGCCAGCGGGGCAAGCGAUAAGAUACUGGGCUGGUGGGAGGCACGCAAUCCGAUUGCCGAAUAUUUUAAGUCGCCGCUCAGAAGUUGCCAAUCAACAGUCGUGUAAACAGCCAUCGAACGAUAUGUUCAAGUCUUAUCGGGAUAAGCUGCGGCUCAAGGAGGAUUCUUCCGGCGAGAGAGACAUCAACUAUGGUCAAACAAUAUCCGUAGUGUGGGGGUUCCUUUUGACGGCCUUCAUCGUUGGGAUCUAUUUUCUGGUUUAUUUGAACUGGAUAUCGCUGCCGACGGGUUUGACAACCAGCGAUGAAGCGAGUAAUCCAGGUCGGUUCAUUUCUCAGGUAGCCAAGGAGAACCUGGCGACACUAACCAGCAAUGGGCCUCGAGUGGGUGGUAGCCCGAACAACGAAGUGUUCACCGUGGAGUUCCUGCAUAGAACGGUUAACGACAUUGUAGCCAACGCAAACCCGGUUCAUCGGUUCGAGGUUCAGAUUCAGCAGCAGGACGGUAGUGCAUUCUUCGACUACGUUACGUAUCCAAUGACCAGCGUCUACCAAGGGGUUCAGAACGUUCUGGUCAAGAUCACACCAGCAGGAGUUCCCGAACCGGAGAACUAUCUGAUGUUGAGUUCGCACUUCGAUAGCGUUCCGCAAAGUCCGGGCGCCGGCGAUGACGGUACGAUGACUGUAGUGAUGCUGGAAAUUUUAAGGCAGCUGACCAAGGACGAUACUGCGUAUCAGCAUGGAAUUGUGUUUGUAUUCAACGGGUUUGAGGAAAACGGCCUGCAGGGAGCACACGCAUUCAUCCUGCAUCCGUGGUGGGAUCGCGUCCGGGCGUUUAUCAAUAUGGAUGUGGCGGCCAAUGGAGGGCGAGAAAUUAUGUUCCAGGCUGGACCGAAGUUUUCCUUUCUGAUGGAGUAUUACAGAGACUACGUUCCGCACCCGUUCUGCACGGCAGUGGCCGAGGAACUAUUCCAGGCGGACCUGGUUCCCUCGGAGACGGAUUUCUUCAUCUACACCAAGAUGGGCGGCCGGCCGGGAAUGGACUUUGCUCACGCCACCUGGGGUUAUCUGUACCACACGGCUUACGAUGCCCUGGACACAAUCCCGCUCGAAACGCUCCAGCACACUGGGGACAAUGUGCUGUCGUUGGUACGAGGUUUGGCUAACGCUCCAGAACUGACCGAUAUCGACAACUACGAGGGCACCAAGGCGGUGUUCUUCGAUUUCUUGAAUUGGUUCCUGAUUUACUAUCCGGACUGGGCCGGAAUCGUUAUCAACUCGCUGAUGGCAGCACUAGGACUGGGGUUGAUCUUUGGAUCGUUUGCCAUUAUGGCUAGUAAUGCCGGAGUGAGUUAUGGUCGAGUAGUAGGACAGUUCUUCAUCAAUUUGUCAGUUCAGUUGCUGUCGAUUGCCCUCGGAGCUGGAUUUUCUAUACUGAUGGCGGUGAUCUUGAACGCAGCUGGUGGAUCCAUGUCUUGGUUUACCGAAUCGUGGCUGAUCUCCGGCUUGUACAUGUGUCCGUUUUUGAUGUGCACAGUUCUUGGACCGCUACUGUUGAUUCGAUUCUAUAAGAUUGACGACAUUCAACUUCAAACGCGUAUCAACUUAUUUUUGCUGGCGCAACAAAUGAUUUUUAUCGUGAUAUUGAUUGUAAUGACUGCCAUGACGAUUCGCUCGGCAUAUAUUUUCGUUAUUGUAGUGGUUUUCUUCAAUGCAACGACCAUCGUAAAUAUGAUCAUCCGAUUCCGCAACUUCCACUGGAUUUACAUCCACAUCAUAGGACAACUGCUGCCAAUUGCCUACUACAGCAGCUUUUCGUUGACCACGUUCAGCACUUUCAUACCGAUGCAGAACCGAGGAAACCCCGAAUCCAACCCAGAGUUCCUCAUUGCCCUGUUUGCCAUAAUCGUGAUUCUUAUGAUGAGCAGCUUCCUCACUCCGAUGGUCGCGAUGAUGCGAAAACCGUUCAUCUUCUUCGGUGUUGUUGCAAUAUUCUGGAUUGCAACGAUCAUCGUCUCCGUAACUUCGGUUGGCUUCCCGUACCGGGCGGAGACAUCUCCUCAGCGAUACUACGUAUUCCACAUCGAACGAAACUUCCACCAUCCCAACGGAACGAUGCGUCACUCGGAUACCCACUUCUACAUUCACCCGCAGGACGUCCACACUCCCGGUUACAUCAUGGAUGUCGUGCCGGAGAUGCGACGGGCCACCCAGCUGGGCGACGAGUGCGAACGGGAACUGUACUGUGGCAUUCCCUUUUACCAAAGCUACUUCCAUGGACGUAGGAACUCAGCCUGGUGGCUUCCGGCAGACACCAACCCCACAUUCCCCACUCCUGUCAAGUUCGAGUUCCUGGGCAAGACAAGUGCUUCACCCAACGUUACUCGGUACGACUUCUCCGUUGAAGGUACGGACCACAUGAGUUUCUACGUAUCGCCAAUUCAGCCGAACAAGCUACGCGAGUGGAGUUUUAGUGAAGAGGUUCCUCGCAGCGGCUAUCCCUGGAACGGUCAGGAAGUACACUUCGUCAACUACGUCCACGGAAUCGACGACUCGCCUCACCGGUUCUGGGUCCUGAUCGAGCAUGCUGCGGACAAACCCGUUGACGAGCUAACGUUCCAUUUGAACAUUGUCGCCCAGUACAUGCACCACGAGGAAUACCGGACAACGGAGUUCCAGCGGUUCGUUGACAAUUUCCCCGAUUACGCACACGUAGUGGCCUAUCCCAGCUAUCUGGAAAGCUGGCUAUUCUAAGAUAAGACUCGCCGAUAUCGGCAAAUGAACGUUCCGCGCGUAAACCGGCAAUAAAGUAUAUUCGCGGAGCAGUCUUGAGAUAAGAUAUUGCUGAGCUCUGUGAUUUGUUUCAUGUA